UGUUUCUGCAGGUAGACACGUUCAGAGAUGCCAGAAAAUUUUUGUCUGAUACACAUGGCAGAACUUCCAGGCUGCCUAAUGAAGGAUGAUAGCGUUUAUCUGAAUCAGAUCAUUCACAGAUACUUGUGUACAUGUCAUAUUGACCUGAUACAGCGUGCCAAAAUUCUGGCCACAAGUGCCGUGCACAUUUUCCUGAGGUUUUUCCCGCCAUUAUUCUUCUUCCGGUGGUUUGUGACAUGCGCACUACUGGCUUCUGAAAUAACACUGGCGGCAUUGAUAGAUGUUACCAGCAUUUGUCGAACGAACCUGAAGAAACCGAAGAGCAAGUCACCCAAUGCAAGUGGUACUCACAAGAUGGCGGAUCAUCAUGGGAGUCUCACCAGACUGAUUAGUCUGAUUCUUAUUCAAGUACUCGCUCAAUGGGCCAUCCCAUUGGGCCAACUAGCGGCACUUGUACUGCUCCGACUGUGCCACACCUCCCAUCAGCUGGCGGGGGUGGACAUGUUCACUGACCCGUCACACAAGCAGCAGAAGAUACUUCUCUACCGACGUCUGCUGGGGAAGGUCACGUGUGACGGCGAUGGAGGGGCUGACGGGAAGGAAGAUAUCAAGCAGAAGAAAGAGUGGCUUGUUGACCACGCUAUAGACGGCGCCAUUAGGGCGGGAGUCACGUGUCCACCAAUGAAACUCGUCUUUCAAGUGUUGGGAGUCAGAGAAGGGAUGAACUUGGCAAGGGAGAUAACUGCUCGUUAUUGGAACAAGCACCUGAUAAAAGAACCCGACGAUGUGACAUGUGAUGUCUCAGGAUACGUACAUGCAGUAUGUCUUUUCAUCUGUUAG